ACGCGAUCGUCGAGAAGCUUUGUGGUUGUUACGAGCAUACAUUCGUUACCUUCCUUUAUAAACUAGAUCUACGAUUUGAUCGAGCUUGCGUCACGAUUGAAAAGUCUUAGAGUCGUGCAAGCAUCGAGCAACGUGUUAGUCGAGAUUUCAUUGCGCGGAGAAAGUCUUGGGUUCGUGAAGUUUACGACACACGGGAGGAAAUAGUUGAUUGACAGAAGAAUAACUGUAGUCUUUCGUUGAGUAUCGUGCUCAAUCAACGACUACUGAACAAUACAGAAUGCCAGUGGAAUUAGAAACAGUGACGUCGAUCACCUCGCACAAGCCCUGUGCGCCUUGCAAAAGGAAGCAGAAAAUGAACAAGCUGUGCAGACAGGUGUCCAUCGAGAGCCCGAGCGUAACGGGCCGUAACUGGGUAUUCAGUUUCGACGUCCCUGUCCCGGAUGUUCCAGCACACGGUGCUCGAGUUCGGGUGAUGUGCGCCGGUGCCUGUUAUCAUCCUCGUCGUUCGCCCAGCCUGUCCAGCUUAACGUCUGUCUCCAGCGGCAGCAGUUUGGCCACGGAAGCCUCGCUGGAGGGCGAUUUUCCGGUGUCUUUGCCGCAUCACGGAGUCCGAGACGCAGCACUGUUCCCCGGUUACGAGGUCGCAGGCAUAAUCGAGUCUCUCGGCGCAAACGUGCCCGAAGAUUGUGGCUACGCGGUCGGAGAUCGGGUGAUCCUUUACCCGUACGAGGGCAUACCGAACGGAUACGUCGAGUAUCUGGUGGUUCACGAUCUGAAAUACCUUAUAAAGAUACCCGACAACAUAAGCCUUAGCAUCGCGGCGAUGUUGCCUGCUGGUGCCUUGUUGGCCAUGAACACCGUCUUCGCCGCCCACGAACACGUCCAAAUGUUGCUCAAGCAACGAGGCGAGGGCAACGUUUGCAAGAUUCUAAUCGUCGGCACCGGGGGUCUCGCUCUCUGGGCCCUCAGGAUCGCGGCGUAUUACUUCAGCAACAUGAAGGACCGAGUCACUAUUACUAUCGCCUCGUUGAAGGACGACGGAUUGAUCAUGGCCCAAGAGUUUCAACGCGUGAAUGUAGUCCAGUGGAGCGAGGACCUGUACGAGAAGCAAUUGAUCGAACGUACCGUAGAUGCCUGUUGCGGUCAGGUAGACGUGGUGAUAGACUUUGGCAUAACUUCCCGCAGUCUUCAUCGUAGUAUGCAAUGCCUGAGCAAAGGUGGUGUUGUUUUCAUCAUCAAGGAAGUUGCCGAUCGGCUACUGCCAAAGUUCAGUAGACGCGCGGAGGAAUGGCAGCAAAGCAUCAAAUCGGUCGAGCCUGGAACCCUGGAACAGCUCCACGAACUGGUUCAGCUGGUGGCUUCCGGUGAAAUCGAACCGCCACCGCACACAGUCUAUCCCGCCGAAGAAGUUCUCGAUGUCGUGCAGAAGCUGUGCCACUCCGAGAUUCAAGGACGCGCGAUCUUACGUUUCUACCCAGCGGAUUAAGGGGAUUCCUUAAGCGAACGAUUGGGUGCCGCGCGGUUCGGCACGACGAAAGCUCGAAUAUGAUCGGGGGAUGAUUGAAAAAUUAAUGGGCCGAAUUAUUUUCGGUCGAUAGAUGCUGCGACCAAUAUGGUCGAAUAUUCAAGAUAGUCGAGACAGAAGUUUGAGAUUUUACAAAUAAGACAAAGAGUUUGUCUUACGACGAUCGUUCGAUAGGAGCGUUAACGAUGUCCGAAGCGACAUGGUUGAUCGUCGAAAGGAAACGAAUCGAAACGACGACCAAUCUAUCGAUGAUAUAUAUCUAUGUACAAUAACAAUUUUUUCCGAAACGGUUGUAGAAUGUGCUGUUUCUGUACGUUAUCGAUUAGAGCACUUACUGCAUUUUCCGUUUUCAAAAGUUAACGUUCACGGGAACAAAUGAGAAUCACGGUUGGAACGACAUGGCUCGUGCGUUUUUGUGAUGUAUUUAUUACCGUAGGAUAGUGAAGUAUUAAAGAAACGAUGAUGUCACAUAAAUCUCGGGAAUAUCGUGGAGAAAGUUCUUGUUAAAUUCGAUAUAGCGUCGCGGUCACGCACGAGAUUAACUUUUCCACGAUUCUUUCGCUAUUGUCACGGUAUGUAUUGCUUUCACCUAAGAGCCACUAAUAGAACCGAAUAAUGAUAAUAUUCCAUUUCUCGACGUCGAAAGAUUUUGACCCGCGAGAGAACGAAAUUUUUUAACGAAAGCAAGGGCUUUCUUUUCUACAAGAACGACACAUAAAAAAACUCUAGUUUCUUGGUCGGAUAUCGAUUCUUUACGAUCACAGGGCAAAGCAAUGAAUUUACUUUUUUGCGAAAUUCGUCAAAGUACAUCGUUGAAUAAGAGCGAUUGAUUAACGAUUCACUAAUAAGUUAAGCCUCUCGGGUAGAUCAUAAUGUUUACGUGGUAAUGCGAAGAAAUACAUAUUAUAAGUUCAAUACACCAGGA